CUCCAAUGGACAAUAUGUGACUUGACGCACCGCCCAGGACCACAUCACCCAGCAUCCAGGAGGGCUGGAGAGGCCGGAGACAGCAUUUUUUCCUUUUAGUUGAGGUGGAGUGUGGUGUUCAUCAUGGGAGAACUGUUCAGGAGUGAGGAGAUGACCCUGGCCCAGCUCUUUCUCCAGUCAGAGGCGGCCUACUGUUGUGUCAGUGAGCUGGGAGAACUGGGCAUGGUCCAGUUUAGAGACCUGAAUCCAGAUGUCAACGUGUUUCAGCGCAAGUUUGUGAAUGAAGUGAGGAGAUGUGAGGAGAUGGACAGGAAACUGAGGUUUGUGGAGAAGGAGAUCAAGAAGGCCAACAUCCCAACUGUGGACACUGGAGAAAAUCCGGAGGUGCCUUUUCCCAGGGACAUGAUUGAUCUAGAGGCCACCUUUGAGAAGCUGGAGAACGAACUGAAGGAGAUCAACACCAACCAGGAAGCCCUGAAGAAGAACUUCCUGGAGCUGACGGAGCUCAAACACAUUCUCCGUCGAACACAGCAGUUCUUUGAUGAGAUGGAAGAUCCCAACCUGCUGGAGGAGUCAUCAGCCCUGAUGGAGGGCAGCGAGGGGGGCCGCGGGGCACCGCUCAGACUAGGGUUUGUGGCUGGAGUGAUCAGCAGGGAGAGGAUUCCCACCUUUGAGAGGAUGUUGUGGAGGGUGUGUCGUGGUAACGUCUUCUUGAGGAAGGCAGAGAUUGAGGAUCCUCUGGAGGACCCAGCCACGGGAGACCAAGUCCACAAAUCGGUAUUCAUCAUCUUCUUCCAAGGUGACCAGCUGAAGAACAGGGUGAAGAAGAUAUGUGAGGGGUUCCGCGCCUCUCUCUACCCGUGUCCAGAGACCCCACAGGAGAGGAAGGAAAUGCUGGCUGGAGUCAAUAGUCGCAUUGAUGACCUCCAGAUGGUGUUGAACCAAACAGAGGACCACCGACAGCGCGUGCUGCAGGCCGCUUCCAAGACCAUGCGGGUGUGGUUCAUCAAGGUGAGGAAGAUGAAGGCCAUCUACCACACGCUCAACCUCUGUAACAUCGACGUCACCCAGAAGUGUCUGAUCGCUGAGGUCUGGUGUCCUGUCUCUGACCUAGACUCCAUCCAGUUUGCUCUGCGCAGAGGGACGGAGAGGAGUGGAUCGACGGUGCCAUCCAUCCUCAACAGGAUGCAGACCAAGCAGACUCCACCCACCUUUAACAAGACCAACAAGUUUACAUCAGGCUUCCAGAACAUUGUUGACGCCUAUGGCAUCGGGAACUACCGGGAGAUCAAUCCAGCUCCCUACACCAUCAUUACUUUCCCUUUCCUGUUUGCGGUGAUGUUUGGUGACAUGGGUCACGGUGUGCUGAUGACCUGUGCUGCCCUCUACCUGGUCCUCCGAGAGAGUCGCCUCCUCUCCCAGAAGAGUGAUAAUGAGAUGUUUAACAUGGUGUUUGCCGGUCGUUACAUCAUCCUCCUGAUGGGGAUCUUCUCUAUCUACACUGGCAUCAUUUACAAUGACUGCUUCUCCAAAUCACUGAAUAUGUUUGGCUCUGGAUGGAGCGUCAGGCCCAUGUUUGGCCCCAAAGGAGCUAACUGGACAUUUGAGAUGCUUGACUCAAAUGCAGUUCUACAGUUGGAUCCAGCUGUUCCUGGUGUGUUCAACGGGCCCUAUCCCCUUGGAAUCGACCCGAUCUGGAAUGUUGCCACCAACAAGCUGACUUUCCUCAACUCUUUCAAGAUGAAGAUGUCUGUGAUCCUGGGUGUCAUCCACAUGGUGUUCGGAGUUUCUCUUAGUCUCUUUAACCACCUGUACUUCAAGAAGCCACUCAACAUCUUUCUUGGAUUCAUCCCAGAGAUUGUCUUCAUGACCAGCCUGUUUGGAUACCUUGUCCUGUUGGUCUUCUACAAGUGGACGGCAUAUGACGCCUUCACCUCCAAGGAUGCUCCCAGCCUGCUCAUCCACUUCAUAAACAUGUGUCUCUUCAACUACAAUGACCCCACCAACAAGCCCCUGUACAGGGGACAGAUGGGGAUCCAGAUUUUGUUGGUGCUGAUUGCCCUUGCAUGUGUACCCUGUAUGCUGAUUGUGAAAACUAUGGUGCUUCGGCGUCAGCACCUAUGGAAAAAGCACCUGUCCCAGAAGAGGGAAGAAACCGCUGCAGAGAAUCUAGAGCAGUCUUUAGAGAAAACAGGCGUGUCCUCAUCAUGCACCGGACUCACCCAACAGGGCACGGAGAAGUUCGGAGGUGUCCGGGUGGGUAACGGGCCCACGGAGGACGAGGCUGGCAUCAUGGACCACGACCAGCUCUCCCAGCACUCAGAGGAGGGAGACGAGCACUCGGAGGAGGAACCGUUUGAUUUUGGAGAUGUAGCAGUCCACCAGGCCAUACACACCAUAGAAUACUGUCUGGGAUGUAUCUCCAACACUGCUUCCUACCUGCGCCUCUGGGCCCUCAGCCUGGCUCAUGCACAGCUGUCGGAGGUGCUCUGGUCCAUGGUCAUGCACCUGGGUCUGUCGUCCCGGAGCGGGGGCGGGUUCUUUGGCCUGGCCAUCAUCUUUUCGGCUUUUGCCACCCUCACCGUCGCCAUCCUUCUCAUCAUGGAGGGGCUGUCAGCCUUCCUGCAUGCCCUGCGUCUGCACUGGGUCGAGUUCCAGAACAAGUUCUACUGUGGCCAGGGGUUCAAGUUUGUCCCCUUCUCAUUUGAGAGCAUCCUCGAGGGGCGAUUUGACGAGUGAUCAGACCUCAACCCCUCCAGCAUCAACCCCUCCCUCGGUGAAUGUCUGCCUGUGUGUGAGCCCAUGUGCAGCCCUCUGUCCCCCUCUACUGGUAAUUUGUGAAACCUUCAUGAAACGCGUGUAAUGGCUGUGAUGCAAUCCUUAAAGAGGUUUUUUUUUCCCAUUGCACCCGUACCAAGCUGUAUGCAUAUAGGAGCUUCUAUAGCUGUGACUCACUCAGUACUGUCACUGUACGGACAACUGACACUGUACUGGUCUCCACCACUUUCAUAAGAUCUCCUCUACCUAUGAAGCUAUAAUGUACACACACUAUUAAUUAUAAUUUUAGGCAAUUUUCUAAAACAAAGAUCAUAGAUAAUGAAACCUAAACUUUUCAGUGACAUAAAUGCUAAAGAUUUAAUGUUAUAUAUUAAAUAUUUAUCUGUUGGUUACAUUUGUUGACAAAAGACCGACCAGUAAACGAUAAAGAAGGAAAGAAAAGAGGCUGAAAUUAUAAUUUAUUGUGCUGUUAAUGCAGCAUGGCAGCAUCUGCCAUCCCCAUAAUAUGGGUAUUGCGGCUUUCACCAUGAAACAUAAUGUAGUGAUAAUAGAUGUAAAAACAAUAUGAUUGUGUCAAAAAAUGUACCAGUUUACAGAAUCAGUGUACGGCUUAAACUGCAUGUACUGACUUGUUACCGUCUGACCAUGAAUUUGUGUUAUAUUGAAAAGAGAAUAGAGGUGAUAUUGUGCCCUUUGUGCUGUGAUCUGUGGCUUCCUCGUGCUCAUUCUGUGUGAAAUGUGGAUGUCGCAAACCAUUUCAAAAAAAUACUGAAAUGAUGCAUUUAGUGUAAAAGGUCAAUGUUUGUGCAAUCACUUACAGUUUUUCCCUCAAGUUACAAAAUAACUUCACUUGUGAAAAGCUGAAGAGAACCGCCAAACAUAAAGUGCAGCUGAUGUUGGACAGUGACUGGUGAUAUGAAAGGUGAUGUGUUUGUGAUCAGUAAUAAACAGAGACCUGGGGAAUCAACAUGA